AUGUUGUUUAUUGGCAGUGGAAAUGACUUUUUGACUUUGAUUGUUUCACUUCUUUACCUUGCAUACUUUGCUCUUAUAAUUGUUGUAACUGUAGAAGUUUUUCAAAGUGAAGAAUCUUUUGGAAUUAAAAUCUUAUUGGUCAUCGCUGCUAUUUUUAUCCCACUUGGAGCAGUGUUGGCUUAUUGGUUCUUAUUAAAACGUCGCCGUGACAGAGAACUUCAAUAUCAAACGAUUCCUUAA